GGAGGGCAGUGGAGCCGCUCUCUGAUGUUAUGUCCUCUCAGUGCCUGUAGUGGUGCUAUAGGAGGCUGCUGGCUCUCUUCUUGAGCAGCCCCAGCAGCCCUGCCUUCUUUGCUGGAGAAUAUAUUCAGGGAUUCCCCUUAAUAAUCACCUACCCUCUGAGCACUUUGUAGUUUUAAAAUAAUAAAAGAGCCCCCAAAGCUUCCUCCUCACAAAAAGCAGGAUCUUCUCAGAGACAGGGGGGCAGCAGCUCCUCAGCACAGAGCCCGAGCACAUUCCCAGUCCCUCUGCUGGGGAGGAAACUCUGAUCUGUCAGCCCAACAGAGGGAAAGGGGGGAGAGGAGAGAGAGGAGGGAAAAAAAAGCAGCUGGAAAGGGAAAAGAACGUCUGGUAGUUGUGAAGUGAGUGCACUGGAAGACCCACCAUCGCACUUCAACCCGCACAGACAAUCUGCUUCAUCUUGGUUCAUCAUCAUUCCAAGAUAGUGGUGUCCUUGGGGCUCUCUCUUAACACUGACAUGGUACAGAAGAUUUAAAAUCAGCUGAUGUUCACAAGGAAUAGAGUCACGUGAUGUAUGAAGGCAAACACAUACACUUCUCUGAGGUUGACAAUAAGCCCUUGUGCUCGUAUAGCCCCAAACUGUGCAAGCAGAGGCGACUUAACGGCUACGCCUUCUGCAUCAGACACGUUCUGGAGGACAAGACUGCCCCCUUCAAGCAAUGUGAAUAUGUGGCCAAGUACAACAGCCAACGCUGCACCAACCCCAUCCCCAAGUCUGAGGACCGUAGGUACUGCAACAGCCACCUGCAGGUACUUGGCUUUAUACCGAAAAAGGAGAGGAAGAAAAAGAAUGAUCCCAUAGAGGAGGUAAAGGUCAGGCAUCAGAUGGAUGCUAUGGCCUUCGGUCUGACAGUGCCCACCCUGGCCUUGAAGAUGCCCAAUGGACUGGAUGGGAUGUCCCUCUCCCCUCCAGGGGCAAGGCUUCCUCUCCACUACCUGGAGGCAGAAUUAGAAGACCCCUUUGCUUUCAAUGAGGAGGAUGAUGACCUAAAGAAAGGGGCAACAGUGAAGAAAAAGUUGCAGAGCAAGUUGGCUCACAACCGGCAGCGCCAGAGAGAGACAGAGAUUUUAAAAGUUCGCCAAGAGCACUUUAGCCCCAUUCCUGCACCUUUGCAGCAGCAGCCUCUGCAGCAGCAGCAGCACUCCCAUCUGCCACCUUCAUCAGCUUCGUUAAAGCCGACAGGGCUACCGCAGGGCAUAGUCUGCAAGUCACCUCAACCUCUGAACACCAGCCUACCAAUGCAGGGAGUGGCACCCACCACACACACUAUAGCACAAGCGCGGCAGUUGUCCAACAAGAGACCUCUGCCUCUCCUGCCACCCGCCAGGGCUCCUGGCACGGACCCGCCACGGACUGACCGGGUCCUCAUGAAAGCCACAGCCUUCCCUCCGCACUCGUCCUGCAUGAGCCGGCUCCAGAGACUGGUGAAACUGUGCACUCGAAAACAGCAGCUGGACACUGAUCUGUUUCCUCACUUAGGGCUGGAUUGGUCUGAAGACAGUGGAGAAGAGUUGGAGGAUUCAGAGCAAACCUCCCCUUACCAGGUUGCGUGGUCUAUCCGAGAAAGCCUCGGCUAUGAGAGACCUGAGUCCGACGAUGACAAUGCAGAUGACAGGAGUUCCAGGGUGACCAGACUUUGCACUUACUUUCAGCAGAAAUACAAGCACCUGUGCCGCCUGGAGCGGGCAGAGUCGCGGCAGAAGAAGUGCCGGCACACGCUGCGCAAGGCGCUGCUGCAGGCGGCCAGCCGGGAGCCCGAGCGCGCGGGGCAGCUCCUGCACGAGCUCCGGAGGGCAGCGUGCGCUUGCACCAGCACAAGCCAGGCAAGGCAGAGAGAUGCAGAACCAACAACCUGCAGUGGGACUUCGAAGGGAGAGCAGUGCACUAACAAGGCCCUUCCAUUCACCAGGCACUGUUUUCAGCAUAUCUUAUUGAACCGUUCUCAGCAGCUCUUCUCGAGUUGCACAGCCAAGUUUGCAGAUGGUCAGCAGUGCUCUGUGCCAGUUUUUGACAUUACACAUCAAACACCUCUGUGCGAAGAACAUGCCAAAAAAAUGGAUAAUUUCUUGAGAGGGGACAGCUCCCGUAAAGUUCAGCACCAGCAGCAGAGGAAACCCAGGAAAAAAACGAAGCCACCUGCACUUACCAAAAAACACAAGAAGAAGAGAAGGCGAGGCCCACGCCGGCCCCAGAAACCCAUUCCUCCUGCAGUGCCCCAAGGGAACCUCACCAUGCCUGCCACUGUCUCACUGCCAGUAGAGAUACCCCACAUACGGAGCCCCUCCACUCCAGAGCUCAGUGCCGAUGAGCUGCCUGAUGACAUCGCCAAUGAAAUCACAGACAUUCCACAUGACUUGGAAUUGAAUCAGGAGGACUUCUCUGAUGUCCUGCCACGGCUGCCUGAUGACUUGCAAGAUUUUGAUUUCUUUGAAGGUAAAAAUGGAGAUCUUCUUCCAACCACAGAAGAAGCUGAAGAACUGGAACGGGCCCUGCAGGCUGUAACUUCUCUUGAGUGCCUGAGUACCAUUGGAGUACUUACACAGACAGAUGGUGUGCCAGUUCAGGAGCUGUCAGAUAGAGCGAUAGGGGUGUUCUCUACAGGUGCUGGAGCUCCAGGAAUGCAGUCCUUGAGUCGAGAGGUUAACACGGAUCUGGGGGAGCUGUUGAAUGGGCGUAUAGUACACGAUAAUUUCUCCGCUCUGGAGCUGGAUGAGAACUUGCUCCGUUCUGCUACCUUGUCCAACCCACCUACGCCCCUGGCAGGGCAGAUCCAGGGGCAGUUCUCAGCCCCAGCCAACGUUGGCCUUACUUCUGCCACUCUGAUAAGCCAGAGUGGCCUUGGGGAGAGAGCCUUCCCGGGACAGUUUCAUGGACUUCAUGAUGGCAGCCAUGCCUCCCAGAGGCCCCACCCUGCCCAGCUGCUGAGCAAGGCAGAUGACCUGAUCACCUCACGACAGCAAUACAGCAGUGACCAUUCACACUCCUCACCCCAUGGAAGCCAUUAUGAUAGUGAGCAUGUGCCGUCUCCCUACAGUGACCAUAUCACAUCCCCUCACACCACAUCCUUUUCUGGUGAUAACUUGGCAGCUACCUUCUCAGCAGAGAUGCCCAUGAUGGCACAGCACUUGCUCCCAACGCAGCUGGAUGUGCCACUUAGCGGGGUGGUCAACCCCAGAACUCACUGGGGAAAUCUUCCUGUCAAUCUUGGGGACCCCUCUCCGUUUAGCAACCUUCUUGGUGCAGAUGGACACCUCCUGUCCACCUCCCUGUCCACACCACCUACCACCUCGCACUCAGAGACCACACAGCCUGCCUUCGCCACUGUGACCCCCAACAGCUCCAGUGUGCUUCCGGGGUUACCGCAGACCAGUUUCAGUGGCAUGGGUCCUGCCUCCGCUGAACUCAUGGGCUCCACCUCCCCCAAACAACAGCUCCCUCAGUUCAGCGCAGCCUUUGGGCACCAGCUGAGCUCCCACAGUGGCAUUCCCAAGGACCUGCAGCCCAGCCACAGCUCCAUAGCUCCUCCCACGGGCUUCGCAGUGACCGGUGCCACCGCUACCAGUACCAAUAACGCAUCCGCGCCCUUCACCACCUCCAACUGAGCUUGUCUGCCUGGCUCCCUGCAGCUGGUGCCCACGGAGAUGAACUCUGGAUAGGUAACGUUCCCAGAUAUCCUCUGGAAAACUUUAACUUUGGUGCAGGUUGCUCUGAUGUAGCUAACUGCGAUGGCAUUGGCUUCUACCUUGGAGUGGACUGAUUUACCCUGAAAUGACUCUCUAACCUGCAUCUUAAACAGUGUAGUUGGUUCUGGUGCAAGUAGAUUCAUUCUGAAGUGAUGGACAUUUUGAUUCUCAUGCAAAAUAGCUACAUCCUACCAGAAGGGUUUGAACCAGUUUCUCUGAACAGUGAUGACCUUCACUGUACAGUUUUGGGUAUGUCUCAGGGAUUCCUUGUGGAAAUAAGGGCAGUUAACAAAAAAAAGAAAAAAAGAAAAAAAAAGAAAAAAAAAAAGAAAAACUAAAAAAGUUAAUAGUUUUAAAAGUAAAUAAUAAUUUAAGUAGAGCGUCACCUAAGUGAGAGCGCAAGAAGGAGAAAUCUUUGUUCAGUUUUAUAGUCAACAGUGUCUGGCUUACGGACUCUUUCUCUUCUCGGGGCUCUCAUCUCAACUUCAACAUACAGAAUCUUUUUCAUCACGCUCAGCUUUAAACUUUUUAUUUAAAGAUACCCUUCCCCAAUGAGCUUUCAGAAUACUUAUUGUAGAUUUUAAGAGAAAUGGUAUAUUAAUUUAUGCUAUUAACAUCACCUCAUAAAUUAUAAGUUUUAUACUAAAGCUGUAUUGAGUGUAAUGAAUUAUGUUGCAUAUGUGUUUUUAAUAGCUAUAAAAUUAUAUACAAGCUUUUUUGGAAAAACAAACUAGUGAAGCACCUUUUUACACUGGAUCUUUGCCGUGUCAAGGUGUACAGCUAUUCUUUGCUACCUUGCAGAUAUCUAUAUCUAUAUAUAGAUAUAUAUAUAAAUAAAAUAAAAUGGUAUCCUGUAUCAACAAGUAUAGAACUCUUUUUAACCCUUAUAUUACUGUUCCUAUAACUCUUUUUAAAUUUUGAGUGUUACAUUCUGCAAUAAUUUAUCCGUGGUUUGUACCUAUGAUUAGAAAUUUAGUUACAGGGUAAAUAGAUCAAAUUUUAAAAUCCAACUACUGUAGCUGGGAGUUGUGAACCAAGUUUGUAAGACCUUUUCUUUUUUUAAAUGUAUUUAUUUCCAGUUAGCUCUGUGAGUUGGAAUUUGAAAAGUUGGAACAUUAGGAAUCUACAGUGUCUUAUUCAGGAAUUUUCCCCUCCUUUCCUCACAAAGGAAUUCCCACUGUGACUUAUAAAUAGAAUUAGACUGCUUGUGUGCAUGUAUGUAUUAUAUAUACACACAAAAAUAUGCAUUGGGGGGGGAUGUAUGUGUGAUACGAAUGUGUAUAUUGUAUGUAGGUCAUAGUUUUGUAAAGAGAAAAGUAGUCCAGAGGUGAUGGAAUGUAUUGUAGAAAUGUGAUUAUUUAGUAGGGGGUUGUUAUGUCCUCACUGUUAUAUAAAUAACUGAAACUCUCUACUAUAUAAUCUUCUGUUAUGAGGCUAACUCUGAUAUCAUGUCAAUUUUACUGUUUUUCAAAUGAGUUGCUUUGAGCCCUGUUUAAAAUGCCAUGAAAAUACCAAGCUCCCAAAGACAGCCUUUAAAUAAAACAAAUGGGGGAGGAGGAAUGAUGGAAGAAAGGAGUUUUUCCAGAACAAACUGAAUGGGAAGGUUUGCAUUCAGUGGGAUGGAGAGGCAUGAGAAUUGCUGCAUCUUUGGAAAUUAAUAGCUGAAUCUCCUACGGUCUGACUUGGAAAAUGUUGUCAAUCAGCGUUCUUGUGUUUUCCAAUUAGAUUGUAAGGGAUGCUGUUUGUGCAGUGGUCUCCAUUCCUAAAAGGAUCUUGUCUCCAAAGCAGAUUUUUUUUCUCUUCUGAGGAUAUUUGUGUGUAUCAAUUUUGCCCCAAAAUUUCUGUUGUGGGAUUGUAGAACGAAAUACACAUUCAGUCAAGGGAGUUUCAUUUAGUCUGUAAAAUUCUGAAUUUGAUUUUGACCACUUACGUUUUUUUCAUAAUUGAAGAAGAAAGAUUUCUUUAUGGGAGUUCUCAUUUGAAAUUGUGAGAAGUCAGAAACAUUCUUCAGAUUGGCUUACUCUUCAUAUUGUUCUAUUUAGGCUGGAGAAAGUAGCCUAAUUGUUAUUUAUUCAUACAGUAUCACUUCUAUGAUGAUCCCAGUGACUUUAAAAACCUUUUUAGAAAAACAGAGCUUCUAGUAUUGAAUGGAAAUUUGAAAUUUUUUGCAAUUUUUCUUUUAUUCCCCUCCAAAUCAUGAUGUUGAUGCUCCCCCAGGCAUCUCUCUCCCUUUCCUUCUCUCCACAAUUUGUUUCUGGCACAUAUGCAUAGAGGCAAAAUGUUAGGGUGGUGGAAGUUGUCAGAGGCCUUUUCUUCUGCUUAUUUGGUGGUAAUGGGAAUUAGGAGCAUAAAUCUUUAUGCCUUUAUGGAGGAGAAUAGACCCAUUUUUGUGUACAGAGAGGUAUAUUUGUAUAUGAGAUAACAGAAGCAUUUUGCUGAAUGUGGACUUGCCCUCAUGAUGUACAAUAAAUAUGUAUGAAUGCAAUCAAUCUAAAUCUAUAUAUACAUGCAUACAGAUUGACAGGUGGAAUAUACCUUGUGUCACACACCUGUACAUUAGCUGUAACACCAGUGAGUGUGUGAGCUAAAGAGAGGGACUGUCCACCUAACAUAUGUGUAACAGGUAAGCACUUGUGCCAGACAAGUUGUUUUAAAUUCUUCUGAGGGGUCUGGAUGACUCAGAGACCGAUCUGAGCUUGGCCACUGUUGGCUUGUGUUACCUCAGCCCUCGCAGUGAAGUUUCCUUUCUGUGUCUCUGCUUUUGUUUUAUAUUUAGUCUCUUUGAGGCCUCUUGCAAAAUGCCAACUUCUUCUGCUUCCCUGCUCCAUUGCCUCCAUUCCAGCUCCUCCUUGUCCCUGCAUCUCUGCAGUUUCUCUUGCUAGCAGCAAUCAGCUUUAAUGAAUGGCCCAAUCCAGCUCUGCUUAUGCAUGAGGGAAAUUCUCUUGGUGACUGGAGUGGUAGCUGAAUUGGGCCCUGAGCAUCUGCUUGAACUUAUGCAACUUCCCCAGCUUCAAUUGUGAUUCAGUAGGACUGUGAUUGAUUUGCAGAUGAAUACAAACUUUUCAUGGAACCUGAUGCAGAGCUUCCUAGCAUAUUAAAAGGUUAACCCAGCAUUAUAUUUAAAUGGUCAAAAUGAGAAAACUACACCCGCCAAAUACUACCUUCCAAUUUUCAACCCUAGGGAGAAAAAAGAAGUUUGAUUUGUAUCUCCCAUAACACAGGAAGUAAGCAGAAGGCAGCCCUGUGCUCUGUUCUGAGAAAUGGGGUUGUCAUCAAACAUAUCAAAAGAAACACAGUUUGUUACACUUUAUCAUAAAACAGAUUUUAAAAUGGAGUGCAGAGUUGACCAUUAACAUGCUAGCACUUUGCAUCUAGUUGUGUAUUGGGUAAUAUUGCUUAUGCAAGUAAAUUAUGGGCUGAAGUGUUUUAUUUUCUGUUUUCUGGCUAAAUGGAGCUUCUGUAUCCUUUUAGCAGAAAGCAGCUGUCAGCAACCUGCUCAGUCACAUUGAAGUGCUGUGUAUCUUAGGCUUCAGUUUCAGAGGAGAAUGCUGCUCCAGUUCUGUCAUCGAGCCAUACUGGAUUCCAUGUUUUCAAUAUGGCUAUGACAAUUUUUCUUGGCCACAAUUCAGCCAUGGAAUUUUGUCUUCCUUGCAUUUCUGUUAGAAAAAGGUAACUGGUGUACUGUUCCAUCUGAGCUUUCAUGCAGUCACACAUGGCUUCUAUGAUACAUAUGUUGGGGCGUGUGUAUGGAUGUCUGUGUACUGCGUGUGGACAGUGUGGAUUGAUACGCACACGCCUAUUACGCUAUUUCAGUUUGUGUAUGUGGAGAAUGUACCUGUUGGUUAUCUCCUGAUAUAUACUCAUGCAUACCUAUAUUAAAUAUGUAUAUAGAGUGUAGAUGUCCUGCAUAUACAUGUGUAUAUGUUACGAAAACUUGGUUGGCAUUUUUUUUUCUCAGUUUUUUUUUUUGCAAAUUGCUGUCCCUUAUUACUUAUUCUCACUGAAGCUGCAUUAUAUAGAAGAAAUGGAGAAAUGUGUUAUCAAAGUUUUAUUUUAAAAAGGAGACUUUUAAAUAUCUAAAGCCAUUUGUAAUUGUCUUUUGAAUUUUUACUAGAAAGGUUGUUAUUUCAAAAAGGAAAAGAAAAAAAAGGAAACAAAAAAACAAAAGCAAGCAGACAAGCCCUUAUUCCCACCCUCGCUUAGGUGAAAGAAAUGGAAACACAAGUUUCUAAGUAUUUAUUUCCUUUAGAUGUUUCUGAGGCAUACAGUAAUUACAUUCUGCCCCAUCCCCCUUUUGUCCAAUUAUAAUAAAUGAUUCAUGAUUUUCUUUUCCCCUCAUUACUUUUGUAAAUCAUUGUUCACCUCCUACAUUCAGUAGUACUGAUAUCACUAAGGAGAUUUCAUGUCCUUCUGUCCUUUUUAGGAGAAAUACCAGUGCAUCACUAUUGUGUUUCAUUUUAACAUACUUUGUGGAGGAUGGAUGUUUUUAUUGAAGAUGUCUGUAACCCGUCUAACUUAUUUAAUGUGAGAAGCCUUCAUUGGAAUCUAUCGUCUGUUUGUUUCCAACAAGUUCAAGUUUCUGCAACUGUUUUUUCACCAACAUGUUAAAUAAUUCCCUUCUUACUUUUAUGCCUGAGGUUUUAAAAUUUGGCUUUGUUUUUUGGGAUUUUUUCCCUCUAAUUCCCAAAAAUAUUUAUCUGCAAAUGGAGCAAAACAGAUGUCAGAAGCUCGACCAAUAUCCUUUUUCCAGUUCAGGGUAAAUAUAUUUAUCCUAGACUUAAUAAAAUAAGGUGGCAAAUGGACAAUCUGAAGUGCUUAGAGGGAAUGCUCUCUCUUUUUAAGGCUGUCUCCGAGAAGUUUGUGUUUGGUGUCAUUUUAAAGGUAGCUUGAUCAUGCUUUGAUAUCAGAAACAGCCUUGUAACAAAGAGCCUCAUACAGUUGUUCGGUCACUAGAGUUUAAAAUGUAAACAAGUUGCAGUGGGAAAGCAAAGGUGAGGCAGUGUAUUUUGAACCAGUGAAUUGUAGCUUGCAAAUGUACCUGAUUUUGAAGUAACUGCAUGGUAGCAAGGAUUAGCAGUCUCUUACACCCCUUCCUUCUUCCCUCUCAUAUCUGACACAUGUGUUCAGCAUACCAUACAUUGGGAAAAAUAAGCAGCUUCCUCCAGCAAGGCUAAUCCACUGAAUGACUGCUUAAAGGGAACAUACAAACGGGCACUGCCGCGUCCCGUCUCAUGGUAUUAGCUGGAAGCCUGGCUAAUACGCACAAACAGCCCAGCCCAGCUCACUUUUGUGCAUGUGUCCCUUGGGGACAGUGUGGUGAACAAGGGCUCCUUCCCUCAGGGGCCCUGGCAGCAAUGGCAACUCACACCACCUCUGGUGCUGGAGGCUCACGGACAGCAUUCCAGGGGCGGGGAGGAAGCUUGUGUUUGUACUUUCCCUUUAAAUAGGAAAGGUUGGCUCACAUGUUCCUCAUACUUCUCAAUGAAUGUACUGUAUUACCAUUUAAAAAAAAAUCAAUUAAAUGAUAAUAGAUUGGUCUCCUUUUGUUAUUUGGUCCUUGUUUAAUUUGUUUAAGGGUUUUUGUAUACAAAAGUUUACAUUUUUAUGUAUAUUUUUCUUGUGUAAAAACUGAUGUAAUAUGUGUAUAAAACACUGUAUGUAUUAUCUGUAUAUAGUGUGACAAAAUGAUUUUCUUUCUUUCUUUUGGAUGUAUUAAUAAAUCUUGCUGUGAAGUAGCUGUGUUUACUAUGAUGAAACCCUCUUCUCCAAGCCAUUUUGCCAAGUCCAAGUGUAUGGAUAUUGCCCAGGAUGAAACCUACUCCAUGAAGUGAUUUCUUUUCCUUUUAAAACAUAUCGUAAGUACAGUUAUUAAACUGUCCUUUGCUUAGAUUGCUGUAGAGUCUGAGUUGGCUCUUGCUUAUUCUCUGUUGCUUUCUAAUGACAUUAGCUAAUUAGUUUUGCUAACAACCUGGGGUCUUCAGUCACAGUCCUGGUUCUAAUUAUAGUGCUUUCUAGCUCUGGAUCACUGGUCUGGGGACCAGAUCCUCUUCAUCCUGUUUUCCAGUUUGAGGAA